ACCAUAAUAAAAACAAUCGCCUCAAGACACUGGCUGGCUAUGUUCCUUGUGCUUGAGUGUUUCCUAGAGACAAAGAUAGCGUCGUUCGGCUUAAGUCUCGCGCCUCGUUGCGUAAGGGUGACUAAGACGGGUGGAGCUGAUGCUGUAGAUCGCAAAGGUUGAACGGAACGACAAAAAGUUGUUUCUGUAUUGUGACCAACAGCGUAGGACCAAGGACGUCGCGCAGGUGUUGUUGCGGGACUCAGGUGGACUCUCGAGGAGGAUUUUUACGUCGCUGUACAGCGCCGCUGCAACCUGGCUCAUUGCUCAUCGUAUUUGUGCCGUGUAUGUCGUGCGCUAAUUUCAACCCAGUAGCAAAAAAUACAGUGAUUAGUGUGCCCGAAGUUCCGUUGCCCACCUGCCCACCUGUCUAAAUCACUGCAGCGUGAAAUGUGGAACGAAAGAGGCUGGGAGGCCCUCGCCAUCACCUCUGUAAUGUCUUGACACCCAGCUUCAUGCCCGAAUGCAAGGGUGUGGGCAGGCUGGGCAUUAAUCCUCUGGGAAAGUGUUUGUAUUGUGCCGAGGGCGGGAUCAUCAUACAUCUGGCAGGCGGCUGGGCGGACUGGUUGGUUUUGUCGCUAACCCGCGUCAGUGUGUGGCAAGACGGCCCCUCUCGCCGUAACUCUCACCGCCUCCUCCUGCUGCGUUAUCACAGGUGCGGGCGUGGAGUGUGCUGGGGAGGGCGCCAGUGUGCCAGGCGAGUGAUGUGACGCUGUGUCGGGGCCGUGGAUUACUCGGUGCGCUGGAGUUGAAGUCCCAGCGUCUGGCGAGGCCCUCCAUCUUGGGGAGCGUCUUGGGAGUGACGGUGAGGGUUGAGGCACCCAGCCUGGUGUGAGGGAGUGUGGUGGAGUGUUGCAGCACUAGCCUUCACGCGAGCCAUGACGUGCCCUCUCUCCUGUUACUGUGGACUUAUGUGCCGCUGCGGGUGCAUACCCUCGCCUGACGUGCCGUCCCUCACGUCAGGCGGCUCGCUGGGGCCCGAGACCCAACGCAGCCACACGGUCUAUGUCCUCCUCCUGGGCGCCGCCGAGACGGGCAAGUCCACCAUCAUGAGGCAGAUGAAAAUCAUUGACAGCGGUGGUAUGUCGCCUGCCUCCCUGCGCUCCUACACGCGGCACGUGCUUGAAAACGUUCUCACGUGCGUCACGCGUCUGGCGGCAGCUGUGCAGGAGGCCGCCAUACCCUGGGGCUCUCCGGAGGCCGCCCACGCCGCCACCAUCCUGUCAGCCGUGACGCCCAAGGACUGGGGGUUGUCGGAGGAGGGGAACGCCCCUGCCUUGCUGCCAGCCGACCACGCCCAGCUGAUCACCGUCCUGUGGGAAGAUAUGGCUGCCCAGGAGUGCUGGCUGAGGGCCAACGAGUUCAAUCUGCCGGACAGCACAGACUACUAUCUGUCCGCAGCGGAUCGCCUCAGCCAGCAGCCCUACAUGCCCACUCAAGAGGAUGUGCUGCAGCUUCGCAUCCCCACUCGCUCAGCCACCGUCUACGACUUCCAUGACAGGAACUGGACCUUCCGCAUCACGGACGUGGGAGGACAGCGAGGCGAGAGGCGCAGGUGGAUUCGACUCUUCGAUGAGGUCAACGCCAUCAUCUUUCUUGCGGCGCUGAGCGAGUACGACCAGACGUGGAGCAAAGAGGAGGAGGACGGCAUGAACAGACUCGAGCUGUCGCUGCAGCUCUUCAAAGAGACCCUCAACUACCCCGGCUUCUCUAACACCAGCAUCAUCUUGUUCCUCAACAAAACUGACGUGCUACAGAAGAAGAUCACGACGUCCGAUCUGUGCAGAUACUUUCCAGACUUCACGGGGCCGCGGGGAGACACGCGAGCAGCCACGGACUACAUUCGUAACCGCUUCAUGAUGCACGCGAGGGACAGAGACUUCUUUUCCCACGAAACGUGUGCCACAGACACCAAGAAGACGAGGUUUGUCUUUGCCGCCGUGCGAGAAAGUAUCUUGUGGAAUAACAUUAGACUGUUCAUGGACCCAUUUCACUGAGGGGCCCGUGGAUGCCUUUCCCUUGUGUAAAGGUGUACACACGGGAAGAAUCGCCUCAAGAAAACCUCAGACUCGCGUGAAGUUACCUCUAUUGUAUAGUUUAAAAGUACAAGUUAAGUUUAUUCAACUGUGAUAAUAUGUUCUGGUGUAGCGGGAAUACUGUGCACAGAACUGGCCACGAGAGACGGUUAGGGAAGAGGACUGACGCGUGAAGAGGGUAGUACAACGUGCAAGGUCACGUCGACACAGUGGUGAAGCAGUGCAUGGAAAACGUGCCGAACCAAUCAUUCCUCAGUGACUCAAAUGUAACAAGUUGGGGCCAGGUUGUGUUGUCGGAGGGACGGACGGCCUAUCCUUCACCUUCGCUCGCCAGCAAGUCUGUCAACACUCCAUUGGUGGAAAAAAAAAUAUAUAUAUAAAACAUCUUUUUCGUGCGUUCUAUGCCCAAGACAUUUUAGGUGUACCAAGCCUGCAACCCUCCUGUGUGAUCUGGACAAUGGACCCAUGCAGACAGGAAAAUCUUCCCUAAUACUACAAAGUGAAAGGUGGCGUGUGUGAUGUGGAAGAGAGGGACAAGUAUUUCGAAUUGGAAAAAGUUCAUUCAAUGUAUCCCAGUGGUGUGAAUAGUCGUCGCCGCCCUCCAGGCAGUUUGGUGUUGGCGCGUUACGUGCGAGCACCCGCGCCGCGGGGGGCGGUGGGGGGUAGUUGUACGUGCUGGGAGCCAGUUUUUAUAAAUUGAAUAGAACUGAACUGCUCUUACUCUUCGAUUACAAGAGAUUGGUAUACGACUGUGACCUUGUAAGAUUACAGUUAUAUUUUUUCACCUUUAAGGAUUAAUUUAAUCUUAAAUGCUCUCUCCGCACAAACUCGAAUUGAAAAAAAUCAAGGAAAACAAAGUUAAACUUUGCUUUCUUUGGCACAAUUAAUACUCAAGUCUUAGGUAGAUUUAUCCACUUAUUUUCUCCGGCACAUAAUUAAUGAGUAUAAUAUAUUUAUAGAUGUAACACUUCACAAAAAGUCGAACCUUGGAUACUGCAGUUCAGACAAUAAAAGAGAGACUUGA